AGUCCUACCGAAACACCAAACAUGGCGCCAACUUGGGAGAUAAAACCUGACACCUACCGGCUACCAGUUGUAACACAUAAAAGUUACAAAACAGACGUGCAGCCGCACGUUUUCAUGCUGUGUUAUGCAAACGUCGGAGUUCCUGCAGCAUUAAACGCUGAACGCAGCAGGGGAGAAAUGAAAACAAGACAGAAAAAGUCAGCAGAGGCAUCUGAAUCAAAGAGUAAAGUGAAGAAAAGAGCUGGGGAGACUUCCGGUCCAACGCUCUCAAAAAAACUACGAGGAAAAAAAGAUGGCGAAACAUCUAAACAAGGGCCUCCUCUCAAGUCUACAGGAGCCCAGAAGAGAGCAGGGUACGGGAGCAUCCUGCACUACAUUUACAAGAGCACUCUGGGACAAAGUCUUCACUCACAGAUGAGACAGUGUCUCCAGGAACCUUUUGUUCGCUCGCUGUUGUCCUAUCAUCUCCACAGUGCUACCAGCCCCUUCAACCGCAGAGUCACCUGUCUGGAGUGGCAUCCCACUCAUCCCACCACUAUGGCUAUGGGUUCCAAGGGUGGUGACAUAUAUCUGCAAGACUUUAAGGUGCCCACGAAGAAAUCUUUUCUUCAAGGGAACGGAGCAGGAGACUUCAUCGGUGGGAUGAAGUUUUGCCCAACGGACCUUUCCAAAGUCUAUGUGGCUUCUGGUGAGGGCACAUUGACCAUACAGAGCUUUGAGGGCCACAAGCCCACCGUUCUGUCCAGAACACAAGACUGUGGCCACAGUCACCACAAUGUUUGUUCCUGGUACUGCUGCGUUGAUGUGUCUGUUAGUCGACAGAUGCUUGUGAUAGGAGACAGCGCGGGACAGCUUGUACUCCUGGGUUUGGAUGGCCAAAAGAUUUUCAGUGACAAGUUGCACAAAGCCAAAGUGACCCACGCAGAGUUCAACCCCCGUUGUGAUUGGUUGUUGGCGACGGCUUCAGUCGAUCAUACUGUGAAACUUUGGGACCUGAGAAACAUCAAGGAUAAGAAGAGCUUUCUCCAUGAGAUGCCUCAUGAGAGAGCCGUCAAUUCAGCCUACUUCAACCCAUUGGACUGCACCAAGUUGCUCACCACAGAUCAGUGCGAUCAGAUCCGGGUGUACGCGUCCUCUGAUUGGUCGAAGCCUCAACACAUUAUCCAACAUCCACACAGACAUUUUCAGCAUCUCACACCCAUCAAGGCCACAUGGCACCCUUUCUAUGACCUAAUCGUUGUGGGCCGCUACCCUGAUGACAGAGUUUGCUCCGGAGAUCAGAAGAUCGUCGACAUCUUUGACACCAACACAGCAGCUCUCGUGUGUCAACUGCAAGAUCCCAAUGCUCCAGGGAUCAAAUCUAUCAACAAGUUCAAUCCAAUGGGCGACGUGAUUGGAUCUGGAAUGGGGGCAACGGUGCUGGUCUGGGAUCAAAAAGAGUCCUUGAUCAGUGAUCCGCAUCAAGCACAGGAGGAAACCUCGACCUCGGUGGACAGUUUAAGAGGCCAGCGAAGGUGUCAGCAGCAGCGCUCCAGCAGGGACAGGAGAGGUCCUGUUUUGGAUGCAAAGCUUAAGAAGAAACUGGCUUCUCUGAAAGAAUUGGAGACCAAGACCCAGACCGGGAGUACUAAACAAAAACAAGCACAGAUGAGGAAGAAGUAAACUAUGUAAUGGUGCGGAUCCAUGUAUAUAUUCCUAUUUUUACUGUUUGUGUCUCUAACUUCAGGGAUUGUUGAAAAUUGUUU